AUGUUAUUCAACUUCCUCUUAGUCGCAAGCCUUCUAUCAUCGGUGUCAUCAGUCCCAGUUGCAGCGCCCCAAGGAGACCCUGCCCCAUUUCCUGAUGAUGGUAUCUACCGUUGGGCAGUGACAGAAUUGGACGCUAAGUGUUCAGCCAGCGUCUGUUCCUAUCGGUUCGUACUCACAGGAUUCGAAUUCAAAGUUGUCGGAGGUUCAUUUGCUCGUCCAUUCGAGGCUUCCUGCAAAGCCGACGAAGCGGCUUCCCUUAGUCUUACCGCAUGCCAACUCAGAGAUUCGGGAGACAGCACUAGAAAGGUCGCUGCGAGAAUAAUGUCUCUUCCACGGGAUGGUGCUAAAAAUGUUCAAAUUCAAGCGAGCUAUGAAUUUUUGGAUACAUCCACACUGCGGAAUUUCACCAGCGCUGGUACCGAAGUUACUAUUCCAAAACCCCCACGCUCAUUCAAUAUCGACAAUAUCAAAGAGGAAACUAAACAGGUCUGA